AUGUCAGAUUCCAACACCACUGACUUCACCAACCCCUCCACCUUCAUCCUGCUGGGCAUUCCUGGCCUCGAGGCAGCCCAUGUCUGGAUCUCCAUCCCCUUCUGCGCCAUGUAUGCCAUUGCCGUCUUGGGGAACUUCAGCAUCCUAUUCAUUGUGAAGAGGGAGACAAGCCUCCAUGGGCCCAUGUACUAUUUCCUCUGCAUGCUGGCCAUCACCGACCUGGUCCUGUCUAAGUCCAUCCUGCCCAAAACACUAAGUAUCUUCUGGUUCAAUUCCAGGGAGAUCGAUUUCAAUGCCUGCCUCACCCAGCUGUACUUCGUUCACUGCUUCUCAGUGAUAGAGUCUGGGAUCUUUGUGGCCAUGGCUUUUGAUCGCUAUGUGGCCAUCUGUGAUCCCCUGAGACAUUCCACCAUCCUGACAAACCCUGUUGUGGCCAAGAUCAGCCUGGCUGUGGUGCUGCGCGGUGGCAUGCUCGUAAUGCCACAUCCCUUCCUGGCGAGGCGGCGGCCAUAUUGCAGAACCAACAUCAUCCCCCACACACUCUGUGAGCACAUGGCCGUGGUGAAGCUGGCUUGUUCCGACACUCGCGUCAGUAGUUACUAUGGCCUCUUUGUGGUAUUCUGCGUGCUUGGUCUGGAUGUGUUUUUUAUCACUGUUUCCUAUAUCCAGAUCCUCAGGGCCAUCUUCAGGCUCCCCACAAAGAAUGCCCGGCUCAAGACAUUUGGGACUUGUGCCUCCCACCUCUGUGCCAUCUUAGCCUUUUAUGUCUCAACAAUUUUCUCCUCCCUCACUUACCGGUUUGGCCAGAAUGUCACCCUGCAUUUCCAUGUUCUCGUUGCCAAUGUGUACCUUCUGGUGCCCCCCAUGCUAAACCCCAUCAUCUACGGGGUGAGGACCCAACAGAUCCGGGACAGGCUGCUGCAACUCUUUACUCAUAAAGGGACCUAA